AUGGAUUCCACGCGCGAUACGCAACAACCCCCAGAAGAAGGGCGUGACGUGACUCGGCCUACUGGGACUGGCACUGCGGAUAUGUACUCGACGACAACGAGCUCCCUCGCUGAUCUGGGGAACAAUAUCAGCAAUAUGGCGGGUACGACAAUGAAUGAGAUCAGAAAUAAAGCCAAUACGGUUUCGACUGGGGAGGUUGUGCGGGAGGUUCGGGAUUUGGCUUCCUCCAUCACGAUGGGGAGCAAACAGGUGGAGGAGAGUACGGGGAUUGAAGGCUGCGAUCCGCGAGAAGCUCGCAUGAUCGAUGAGAUGCCCAAGGAGAGAAUCGCCGAGUUUCUGCAGGAAAAGCACAAGAGUGAUGCGGUGCGGCCUUCGAAGAAGCAAUGA